GAAAGAAAUAAAGGGAUAAUGUCCGUCUCCCCCCGCGCCAGCAAAGAAGAAUUCAUGGCUGCAUUAGGCCUCUCCACACACGACCCCCAACACGAGCAAUACUACCGCGCCAUGAGAGACGAAGCAAUCUCCACCUACAACCACCUGAACGAAUCCCCCAGCAACCUCCUAGAGAACUACAAAGCCCUCAAACCGCCAUACUUCUGGCACCACAUCCGACCCGAGCGCCAGCGAUGGGGCAUAAAUGAGAUAGCGAGGAACGCGAGCCCCCUUACCAGACCGUUGUUUGCCCGUGGGAUGACCACCGGCGAGUAUGGGCCGAAUUGGGUGGCGGGUUGGUUGCUGUAUAGUGUUUUUAGGAGUAGGGAUGUGAGGAAUAAUCGGAAUAGGAGGAGGGGAUAUGGGAAUGGGGUUGGGGUUGGUGGUGGUGGUGUUGGGGGUGGGGAGGAUGGUCGGGCGAGUUCUCCUCAGAUGGGAGUGAGACAUGAUGGUGGUGCUUCUGCUUCUGUUUCUGUGUCUGCUGGUGGUAGUGCUGAUGGUGCUGCCAGCAGUGGAAAGAAGGAGUAUUAUGAUCCUGUUCGAAAUGGUUGAGUUGAGUGCAAUGCAACGGGCAUGAACAUGGGCAGUGUGUAUAGAUCAGUCUCCAUCCUCUUCAU